AUUUUCUUUUAUUAUCAGUGUACACACGAGUGAAAUUUAAAUGCUUUCGUGAUGGUAAAUAUUAUGAAUAUAUUUUGAUGUGCAAACUUGUAAAGAAAAUUAGAUGGAAAAAAAGUGUGACUUCAUUUAAAGAAAUGAAAAUGUUCAGACUUAUCAGAAAAUUACCGAUUGUUGGAAACUAUCAUAAAUUGUUCAGUGAACAGGUUAGGUUAGCCUAACUACGGAUAAUUAACAUUAGCCUAAGUAACAUUUAUCUAAGCAGCUACCAUUUAAGAUUUUCAAGAGUAUAUGGUCUAACAACAGUUACUCAUUCAAUUAUCACCGAGUGGAUUGGGUGGAUGGUUGUCAGUUGGCACACAGGGGAAGAGAGAGGUGAACUUAGAAGCAGGAGAACUCCAGGAAAGUUUUCAGAGGGGUAGAAACUAGUUAGUUUUUGAGAACUAUGAAGGUAUGGAAUAGUUCAUAUUAGAAGAGAGUGUGUGUGUUAACUAAGGCUGUGAUAAAGGCAGUUGAGGAAAAGAGGAAGAUGCAGAAACCAUUCUUGUUUGCCUUCGACUUUGACCACACCAUAGUGGACGACAACACCGACACGGUGGCUCGCGACCUGGUUCCGAGGGAGAAGAUCCCCAAACACGUGGAGGAGCUGUACGCGGUGGACGGCUGGACGACGUACAUGGGCGAAGUGUUCAAGAUACUGCACGCCAGCAGCAUCACGCCCGCCCAGAUAAAGGCAGCGGUCCGCGCCAUCCCGGCCGUCCCCCACUUGGACGACCUGCUGCGUUACCUCCGCGAGAACGACUGCGAGGUGGUCGUCAUAUCGGACUCCAACUCGGUGUUCAUCGAGGAGUGGCUGCGGGGCAGCUCGCUGGACGCCACCGUGAGGCGGGUGUUCACCAACCCCGCACACUUCUCCGAGGACGGCCUGCUACACAUCAGCAUGCACCACCUGCAGGACUGGUGCAAGCUCAGCUCCAAGAACCUGUGCAAGGGACACAUCCUGGAGCGGUACAUCGAGGGGCGCAGGGCGGAGGGGGUGUCCUUCCCCCGCGUCUCGUACGUCGGGGACGGCAGGAACGACCUGUGUCCCAGCUUGCGGCUGUCGGCCGACGACUUGGUGUUCCCGAGGAUCGGCUUCGCUCUCCACAAAGCGAUCGAGAAGCAAGAAGCUGCCUUGGAAGCAAGUGUUCAUCCCUGGAGAGAUGGAAGCGAUAUUAUGAAUGUUGUGUCCCAGAUUUUAAAGUGAACGUUCCAUCACAUAACUUCCAUUUGUGCGUGUAGCGAUGACAGAGAUGUUCGCAGGUCAACAUAGCCUGUCCCUGGAAAAGUGGUUUCUGAGCUCAACAUUUUUAUUACAGACCUUUAUAUAGCUAAACGUUUAGUUACAAGAAAUGCUAGUUAUGAACUACCUCAAUCUGAUGUAAACUUAUACGGUGAAUUGUCAUCACAUCACGUCAAAACUGGUAAAUUUAAGGACUCUGAAAAAAACUUUGUCUUAAAUCAACUUAUUCAAAAUGAGUUACUGUCACACGUAUUCACUGCAUCCGGUGCAGGAAACUGUUAUUGUUUUUCAUUACGUCAAGAUUCUAAAAAAUCACCAAAAAUUGUCAUACAGGUAUUUGCAUCUGCAGCAUUAUCCCUCUUACUUCUGAAGGUUGCAUUGUUGUGAGAGCUUGUAUGUGUGGCGAGAGUCCUGCAGUAUAGCUGCUCUCCCUGGAGUACCUACAUACGAGCUGUUAACAUCACGAGUUACAAGGCUGUGUCUCAUGUAGGUCAGUAUUAUAGUCAUCAGAAUAAUCGGACGACAAAGUGGUGAGAAUUGCAUGUAAAUUUUUUCUGACCCCAGUGAUGGGCAGUAUGAAAAAAAUCUAUUUUUUUAAACUGCAAUGAAAAAUGCUUUAAAACAUUUUUCAGUAAUGCUUUACAAAUAAAAAAUAAUAUACUUUCAUUAAUCUCAAUACUCAAGUCUUGGUAGGAACACACAGUAGUUACAUAUUACAAAAAUUAUUGAGCAUUGAGCAACAUUUUCAAAAAAUAUUAAUGAGUUUGUUUCAGGCAUAUUAAAGGCAAGCAUAAAAUUGCUACGUGCUUAAUGAUAAGUGGAACCUGGUAUUGGAAUAAAGAUGCAUGGUUAUUAAGCUUGGAUACCUUUGUCCGUAGUGUCUGCAGUUAACAGGGAGAGAGUGCAUGGCCUGCUGUGAAGACUUUUAAAUGGAUUUAUAAUAAAACCCCUGCAUAAUAUGAAAAUUUAUGUCUUUCUAUUAUGGAAUACUGUGAUAUUAUAGACUUUAAUAAAACUCACACAGAGUAA